AUGCCUUCGAUGUCCACCUCCGCCCGCCCUUCAAACGUCAGUCAGGCCUCCAAGAAACGACCUUCCCCUAACUGCGACGACCGGGAUGCCCCCACGAAGAAGAGGAACGCCUCAAUAGUCCCCUCCGGGCAGUUUGUUCCCGUCACCCCUAAGACUCGCCACCAAAUUCUCGAGCGAGAGAUGCAGACGCUCUUCGAGCUAGAAUACCAGGAAGAAGUAGUCGAAUACAUGCACGAGAUGGAUACUCAAACCAGGCCAGUUGUUGAAACUAUUGACCUCCAGCCGGAGCUGCAAUGGUACAUGCGACCAUACCUCAUCGAUUUCUUAAUUGAGAUCCACCUCCAGUACCGACUGCGACCGGAAACACUUUACCUUGCCGUCAAUGUGAUUGACCGGUACGUAUCCAAGCGGGUGGUGUUCAAGAAGCACUACCAGCUCGUUGGAUGUGCCGCCCUCUGGAUCGCGGCCAAGUACGAAGACGCCAAGGAACGAGUGCCCUCAGUCCAGGAACUCGGCACUAUGUGCUGCGGGGCCUACGAGGAAUCGAGCUUCCUCCAGAUGGAGGGCCAUGUGCUCAGUACCAUUGGCUGGCAACUCGGCCACCCCACCGCUGAGGCUUGGCUCAGACUCUUCUCCAUCGGCGCCCAUCGCCAACAAGUCGGCGACCUCGAGGCCGCCUCUACCGGUCACCUUGCUCGGUUCAUGAUGGAGCUCACCCUCUUUCACCGCUCCUACGUUGGCUUGAAAUCCGCUGACAUUGCUGGUGGAGCGUUGUUACUCAGCCGCUACAUUCUCGGAAAGCCUCGCAGGGCCUCCGAUGAGACCGAAGGCGUCUUGGCUGUUGCGCAACUGCUUGACUCGCAUCUUGGCGAGCACAUGUCUGCGAUCUCGGCUGUAGUCAUGAAGAAAUACGCCCACGCACACUUUUCGCGGGCUUCGACGAUCGUCAAGGAGUGGUACAGUCAGGGCCACCGCUUCGGCGGCCCAGAGACAUCCGCCAAGCUUCCGGCUCACUUGCACCACCCAUCCCAACCGACACCCGUCAGCAAGCUGUCGUCCUCCAGCUCGACCACCUCGAUCUCCUCCGCCGCCAGCUCCAGCCGCCACUCCCAGCUCACCCCAGGCUCUUUGUCGUCCUUGUCACUCAACUCGAGCCCAACCAGCUCCAUCUCCUCUUACCCUUCAGUGGAGUGCCACUCCGAUUCCUCCCCUUCGAGUGCUUCUGCUGAGGACGACUCUCGUGACAGCUCGUUGAUGUGCUCGCCCCAACUCACCUGUCCUAAGAAGAAUGUACACUCUGAUGGCUGGUCGACGGACAUCAACAAUGUCUCCUCUGUCCGGAUGACGAGGAACUUGUGA